AUGGUGGAGGGUGAAGCUGAACUGUGGCACCGCCAACUUGGACACGUGUCAUACUCGACUGUGAACAAGCUCAUUCAAGACGGCUGCAUUAAAGGAAAAUGCUUGGACUCGAAUGUCGUCUGUGACAUAUGUGCAACAGCCGAGCAAGUACGCAAGACUUUCCACAGCACUAAGGCUGAUGCAGAAGCGAGGGAGAGUCAUCGUAUGGACUCAGUCAUAUGCUCGGAUGUUCUAGGACCGAUAACACCAGCAUCAAGAUCGAACUAUCGAUACGUUGCGACGUUCAUGAUGAUGAACAGCCGCUUUGCGAUGGUAUUCCCGCUACGAAAAAAGAGUGAAGUCACGAAAGCAUUUAAAAGGUACUGUCACGAUAUCAAAAUCGAAUGCGAUUUGGACGUGAAGGUACUACGCAGUGAUAACGGCGGUGAGUACCGUAAUGACGAGAUGACUCGAUUCUGCCAUCAAGAGAUGAUAAAGCAAGAGUUCACAGUGCCGUAUAAUCCGGAGCAGAAUGGCAUGGCGGAGCGGCUUAAUCGCACACUAGUCGAGAUGACGCGCUGUAUGCUGAGCGAAUCCAAGAUGGAUAAAACAUUCUGGUGUGAGGCGAUGCUGACCGCUGUGGAUAUUCUCAACGUUCUUCCACGAGCUUCAAGUCCGAACCUAAGCCCGUUCGAGAUGGUGUUCAAGCGCAAACCUCGUAUGGAUAUAAUGCGCGUAUUUGGAAGUCUUUGCUACGCGCAUACUCCCAAACAAAAUCGGAACAAGUUGGACCCCUCCGGUGUGCGGUGUAUGCUGCUCGGAUACGCCAAACAACACAAAGCGUAUCGACUUCUAAAUACAGCGACUGGAAAAGUGUUCGUUUCCCGGAGUGUGACUUUUGUGGAGACUGCCGUGGAACAGACACGCUACGAAGAUACGCCUAGUGUAAUUGACGUCGUUGGCGAUGGCGACGAUCUGCAGGAUCCGAGGGACCACGCAAUAAGCGAUGAGGGAACCUGCACGCCGGUACCAGGAAGUCCAAUUAUGACACCAAAUAGUACAGUACCGAUGGACAGACCAACCGGAGCAGUAACCACACGACAAUCAAGCACACCAGGACGAGACAGCGAACAAGAGUGGAAUGUGAGACCAGCACGCAAGAAGCAAGCAAUCAAGCGCUACGAGCAAGAGUUUCCCAAUCUACGGCGAGGAACCUUCAACCUUGACGACUAUGACGCUAGCUACGCGACGCAGUACUGUUUGAGCGCUGAAGAGGAUGGUGAAAGCGCAUCGACAUACUCUCAAGUGUUGGAAAGCAAGUACAAGGACGACUGGAUACGUGCAAUGAAAAGUGAGAUUCAAGCUUUGACACAGCACGACACAUGGACGCUUCAAGAUUUACCCUCGGACAAAAUAUCAAUAGGUUGCAAGUGGGUAUUUCGCAUAAAGCGCAAACCUAACGGAGAAAUCGUGAAGUUCAAGGCACGACUCGUAGCGAAGGGAUUCUCCCAGCGUCCUGGUGUGGACUAUUUUGAGACGUUUGCUCCAGUAGCACGAAAAGAGUCAAUUAACGUUGCUAUAGCACUUGCGGCGGAGCAAGAUUUGAUAAUGGAGAACAUUAACGUUGACACCGCUUUCCUCUACGGCGAAGUCAAGGAAGAGAUCUACAUGGAUCAGCCGGAUGGAUUUGUGGACAAGCAACACCGUGACAAGAAGUGUCUGCUAAACAAAGCUUUGUACGGUACAAAGCAAGCGGCACGAGAAUGGAAUCAUCGUCUUAACGCACACCUUGAGAGCCAAGGGUUCACGCGUACGUCUGCCGAUCUCUGUGUCUAUGUGCGACAAUCGGAUACUCAAUUUAGUCUGGUGAUCAUUCACGUUGACGACUUGAUGCUCUUCGCUCGGACGCAAGAACACAUCGAUGACAUCAAGCGUGCACUCAAGACCGAGUUCAGUAUUAAAGAGCUCGGCGAACUGAAGUACUGUCUUGGCAUCGAAUUGACGCGUGAUCGCAAGAGCAAAUCUAUUCGAAUGAAUCAGCGUGCUUACAUCAAGCGUUUGACUGAGAAAUUCGGCGUCGACCAAUGCAAGGACGUGCACACACCGUCAAACGAAAGUGAAAAGCUGACCAAGCUGGGGGACGAUGAUGAAUUCGUGCCGAAGUGGCCUUACCGUGAGCUAGUUGGUGCACUUAUGUACGUUGCAACGUGCACUAGAUCAGACAUCAUGCACGCGGUAGGAGAAGUGGCUAAACACUGCGAAAGGCAUGGAAAAAGCCACUGGAUCGCGGCCAAGCGUGUUUUGAAUUACCUGAAGACAACUGCAGAUUACAGCAUUGUAUUUCACGGCACCGAUAAGGGAGAGUUGCUCGGUUUUGCUGAUGCGUCAUGGGCAAGUGACCUCGAUUCUCGCCGCUCGACGACAGGCUACGUUUUCUUUCUGCACGGCAAUGUGGUGUCGUGGAAGUCGAAGAGACAACCGACAGUGGCGACGUCUAGCACCGAGGCUGAGUACAUAGCAUUGUACGCUGCAGCGCAAGAGGCGGUGUGGCUACGACUAUUACUAUCCGACAUUGGCGUAGAACUUGGAGCGGCUACAACCAUCUAUAAAGACAAUCAAGGCUGUAUUGCGCUGGCGAAGAAUCCAGUCUACCAUGCAAGAACAAAACAUAUCGACAUCAAGUAUCACUUCCUUCGCGACAAGGUUGAGGAAGGCGUCAUUGAGCUUGAGUACAUGCCAACAGAAGCGAUGAUUGCAGACGGCUUGACGAAGGCUCUCGGGCGUACCAAGCAUGCCUUUUUUCUGCAAGGUCUACAUCUGGAAGUGUAG